GCUCUUUUCUAUGGCAUUGAGGAUCCAUUAAUCGAAAGUUUCUGUGAUUACUUUGCCACACUAAAAAAAUUGUGUGAAAUAGCCGGUGUUCCUGCUCGAAUCAAUUUUUUUACUAAUGGCACAAGUGAUGGAGAAUAUAUGAUUGAUACUGGUUUAAAGAAUAGUGAGAAUUUUGGUAAAGUUUAUAUGUGGAAUGGGCGUAAUACUACUCCGGAAGGCUGGUGGUAUUCUCCAGAAGCACGUGAAAUUAAUGGUACAGAUGGAGAACUCUAUCCACCUGGUCUAUGGAAUCAUCAGCGUUUAAAUUUAUUCAAUGGGAUGUUAGGAAGAUCAGUUUACAUACAGUUCGAAACAGAAAGUGUUUUUGAGAAUAUUCCUGUCUACCAAUAUAAUUUUCCUAUUGAACUCUACAAUUGGUCUUUGCCAGAGAAUAAAGGUUUUUGCGAUCCAAAAACUCCACAAUAUUUCAAUGAAUCUAUACAACCUGUUGGUUGUCUGCCAUCUGGCAUAUUGGAUUUAAGUAGUACUCAACCGGCACAUGCACGUAUUUAUUUAUCUGGCAGUCACUUUUAUAGGUGUUCUAAUGCUUUAUAUGAAAAUUUCAUAGGAUUUCGUUCACCUGAUUCAAAUGUUGAUCGGACAUUUUUCGAAAUGGAACCGAUGACAGGAACCGUUAUAAAUGUGAAGCAAACAUCCCAAGUCAACUUAGGAAUAUUGUCUGGCGAUCUUGGGUAA